AUGGACGAAACUGAACGCGUAGCGACGCGUAAAUCUCUACGAAAUUCCAACAAGACGUUGAAGGCGAGCCAGUUCGACCGAGAACGCGCAGAAAACGCGUGGGACAGCGGCGACGAUGUCAUUGAAGUGGAACCGGCGCUUCCCCGCACACCGCGGCCAAACCGCGUGCGAGGAAAGUCUAACUGCACAACGACAACAGCAACGGCGACAGCAGCUUUGGACAACACGAGCAGCGAAGCAUACAUAAACGGACAGGGCUGGAUCUCGACUACCAACCUCAGCAGGGCCGAAGACUUGAGAAGCAACAAUGGCGCCACGAACCAGAUCAUCGCUGAACUGCGCACCAACAACCACCAACUCAAGACGAACAAUGAACAGUUGCAGAAAGAGAUGGCGGAGCUCAGGGCAUUCACCAAAGACCUGAUGGGAGAGCUCACAUCGAUCAAGACUCAGCUCGGCGAGAUGACCAGAGAAUUGGCAACCGUAACAAGGACAGCCAGCUCUCUCCAGCAGUUGGUCACAAUAGCGCAGAACUCUACACGCUCAUCAGCCUCAGGCUCGGACAACUCCUCGAUACGAACCUACGCAUCGGUGCUGGCGAACUCGGUCAGUCCGUCGUCGUCAGCAAGCAAACAUCGUACCUCGAGCGACCUUAACCAGCCGCGAAGCCCCGCUCAUAGGGUGACAGUGGACACGCGACGAGUUAGGGACAAAAAUAAGAUGGCAGAUGCCACCGAGAUGGAGAGGAAUAUCCGACAGAAAAUCCAGGUGAUACCCGAAAUCGCAGACAUUGCAGUCACUGGCAUUCAGAUCCGAGGCGCGCGUACGAGAGGUGAAGACUGGUAUCCUGUUAAGAUCGACGAUGUGGUCAGAUCUGCAGUGGUGCAGGAAGACGGACGCACCGUCCGAGAUGACUUCGCAGAGGCGUUUUGUGUUGCCAAUGAACUCACCGGGGUCAAGAAGGCAUUCUGGCUUUCCAAAGGUGAUCGCAUAGCGGGGUCAAUGGUGGUUUACCUAGCCAGCCCGACCGAAGCUCAGAUGAUCCUGGAUCAGCGGACAGUCAAGAUCGGAGGACAAAUCGCUUUUGCUUAA